AUUGCAGUGGAUGCACGUAAGGUAUAAACAACUUUAAUGAGUUUUAUCCAUUCCGUGAAAGAUGAAUUUGCAUUGCGACGAAAGAAAAUGCAACGUCAUUUAUUUAAAAAUGUCAAGAAUUUUCCGACAUCUUGGAGAAUAUAUAGCGCAACAUCCCUUAUGGUUUACUUUUGUUCCCGUUGUUGUGACAAUUGUGUUUUCGGCUGGAUUUUUUCGAUUAGAAUUGACAACAGAUAUCGAUUACAUUUUCUUCCCAAUUAAUGGAAGGAGUUUGGUAGCAAAAGCAUCUAUUGAAAGAUUAUUUCCUGAAAAUAGUACGGAUUUUGAUUUUUCUCGAGCAGCUUCGCCCGGAAAAUAUGGAGUCGUAAUUGCUACAACAAUAAGUGGAGAUUCUAUGCUAUUCAAUAGUGUAUUUGAUGAUUUACAUGCCUUGGAUCGGACUGUGCUUAAUAUGAGCGUUACAUUAAAUGGUAGGAGGUAUACUUAUGCCAAUAUCUGUCGUAAAUAUAAGGGCAAAUGUAUGCAGAAUCAUAUCUUAAAUCUUCAGACUAAGAUAGAAGAUUUGAAGAAAGGACACUACAAAAUUAAAUUUCCAAUAGAUAUGGAUCCGAAUACUUCAGAAUUUGUGGCAUAUGCUAUGAGUCUCGGUGGUGUGACUAAAGAUGAAGAUGAUGUAGUAAAAGAUUUUAAAGCAGUUCGCUUGAUUUAUUUUCUUGAUUACAGCGAUGAUAUGAAACAUGAAAUUGCUCUGUUAUGGGAAGAAAAAUUUUUAGAUUUAUUAAGUACCAUAAAAUACCAUCAUAUUAAAGUCACGUAUUUCUCUGGAAGAACUAUCGAAGAUGAAUUAAAUAGUCUUACUUCAGUUAACUUAUCAUUAGUGAUGUUAGCUCAGAUAUUUAUGAUAUUAUUUGCCGUUGCAACAUGUAUGACAGCAGAUUGCGUGUCUAGUAAACCAUGGAUUGCUAUUGCAGGAUGCAUGUCAUCAGUAUUCGGCGUUGGUACUGCAUUUGGUUUAUUAGUUCUUUGUGGAAUGGAAUAUAUUGACUUGAAUAUAUCAGUUCCUCUGUUUGUUUUAGGUGUUGGAAUAGACGAUUCCUUUGUUCUUCUUUCGGCAUGGAGAAAAAGCGAUCCUAAAUAUGCUAUAAAAGAAAGAAUGGGCGAAACUUAUUCCGAAGCUGCAAUUUCAAUCACUAUUACAACAAUUACAAAUGUUACAGCUUCAAUAGUAGGAAUUACAACUCCUUAUCGAUCAAUUCAAAUUAUCUGUAGUUACAUGGCCGCGAGCUUUGCAUUCGCAUACGUGUACCAGUUGACGUUUUUUGGAGGAUGUCUUACUCUUAGUGGUAAAAGAGAAAUUAAAGGUUUACAUUCCAUUUAUUGUGGACGUGUGAAAUCCAAUACAAGUAUAGGUUAG